CGCAAUUCGAUACUGAUUUUCAGCAUCUCCGCGUAUUCUUGUUUGCCAUGGAUACUCAUGAGCAGAAGCUGAUGGUUCUGGAUGGGGCUUCAUGGUCCAUGAUGGAGAAGUCCUACAUCCUCCUUUUCUUGCUGAGCUAUUUGAUUUGGUACUUGCAAGCAUCCAUCCCUGACUAUCGCUUGGACCGGGCCCAGCCUGUGCUUCAGUUCUUCCGCAACAGUGAGGAGGACAAGGAGGCGAUGACGCAAAAGGUGGAAGCGGAGCAUUUGCCGAUGACUCGCUGGGUGUCGACUUUCCUCAGCAUUUUCCUCUCUGGAGUGAUGCUCCUGGACGUGGCCGUUGGACCAGCGAGGUCCAACCACAUGCAGCUCUACUUGGACUAUGGCCUCUAUACUUGCUGCCUGCUUUGUGCCAUUCCCGCUGCGACCACACACCUUCCGUUGGACAGCCUUUUCCAAACGUGCUUCGUGGCCGUUGCGGUCGGUGUGGCCCACACCUUCAUCUCGGAACCCUCCUCCAUCGUGCUUGCGACGCCUGUGAAGCUCCUCCAGCACAUUUGUGCUACAGCCAUGCUUGCAGACUGUAGCUUUGGAGCUUUGGGCUUCUUCUCUGCCUGUGUGGACCUACUUCGGCUCUACAACUCCCAGCUCGAUGGUCAGAAGAACCUGGUCUUUGGCAUUGUGCUCACGGAAUUAGGCUCCAGCCUGGUGACCGUCGUCUGGACCGUGCUUCUUCGAGAACACAUGAUGAGGGAACCGGACCAACAAGUGGUGGAGGUGAAACAGUUCUUUCACGAGCACUCUGCGGCUCGACGGAUGCUUGCAGUGCUGUGCGAUGCUCAGGUUUACCUGGGACAGGACUUGAAUAUCAUCUCUCACUGCAGAGGCCUUGCUCAGCUUUUGAUGAGCACCAGCUCCAGCAAAGCCUUGGAAGGCCGUGUGUUCCAAGACUUCUUGGCACCACGAGACCGACCUCGCUUCCAGACCUUUGUGGAGUCGGCGGUGCAGGUCUUCCUCGACGAUGACGAAGGUCCGGAAGGUGAUGAACAUUCCAUGGGCUUUGCCCGUUCAGAGGGCUGGAAGCACAGACCGACCACUCCAAGCUCUUUGCAAGUACACGUCGUGGACAGCCAUGGGCUCCUAGUGGCCGUGGAGCUAUUUCACAUUUGCGUCCCAGGUCCCGAUGGCAAGCGCGGCCACUUCAUUGGCAUCUCCGAGGCUGAGAAUGCCAUGUCUUCCCAAGCAUCACAGUCGGACUCCGGCUCUGGGCAAAGCAGUCAUCACAUGCAGCCGAACCUCAAUCAACUGUAUCAGUCGCAGAAUUCCUUGCAGGAGAUUUUUGCCUUUAAACCUGCCAGUUACCAGGCCCAGAGCGAAUCCUCCAAGGGUCCUGAUGCACAAGGCAGCAGCGACGCCGUCUCAGUGGUGAGCUCCUCCUCGGAGUCCUCGGUGACCUCGGCCAACGGCCUCGUGGGGAAGCUCCGCGCCUGUCCCGAGAUUGAGUGGGGAGAGAUCGUGGUGGACGCCUUUUGCGAUCGAUUGAGUAUACUGGAGGCGCACUUCCGCUUCAACAAGGCACAAAGUGUGGAGGACUCUCCGGCGCCGUCCUUGCUGGAAUGGGUUUGGCCUUCCACCAGACAAAAGCUGCAUGCGGCCAUGUCGCAUGGGGUGAAUUUGCUCUUCGCGCCCCCGAGCGCCAACGUGACGCUUCUGGAGAGGAGGUUCGACCCCAUCAUGUUCCAGCUCCCCUUCCGGAUGAAGAAUUCCUCUGCCUUGGUGGCCAACAAUGUAGAGUUGACCUUGGACAAAGACUCUCGAGCGGUACCGGUGUCAGGAGCCCGAGGAUGUCAUGGUGAAGCUGAAGCUCUCGGGCUUCAUGGUGAAGAAAAUGACCCCCUCCAAGCCGCACAAGAUCAAAGAGUUGGAGGAGCGAGCCAAGGUGAUCCCCGGCCUGUUUGGAGCAGCCACUUCGGUUCUUGUUUCGUCUCCACUCAGGGACGAGACAAUGAGAUGCUUCCACGCAGCUUCGCCUCCUCCAAGGGCUCGCGGCCACCCUCCUUGUCGGAUCGCUCGGAUGCGCUGGAGCCAAUACAGGAGCUUCGGAACCCUCGCCGGCGGAACCGGUGAUGGUUUGAGGCACCGGUGCCCGGGGUGGACAGAGGAAGCGUGUCCAAAUGUCGAAGCGUGUCCAGUAGAACGUGUUCCUUUAAGCAGUGGCAAGGGCCCCACUUCGUGUCCGAAAUAUCCCAAGCGCGGAUGUUCGAUGGAUUUUCUACAAACGGCAGUUUCUGAAAGGUGGCUCACUGU